CCAAGAUGGCGGCUUCCUGCGUGGCCCUGUUGGUGCUGUCUGUGUCCCUACCGCUGCUGCUGUUGGUGGUGUGGAAGCGCUGGCGGUGGGGGCGCGCGGCCCGCCACGUGAUUGUCGUGGUGCUGGGCGACGUGGGCCGCAGCCCCCGCAUGCAAUACCACGCACUGUCGUUGGCCAAGCGCGGCUUCUCCGUGACCCUCUUGGGGUUCUGCCACUCCAGACCCCACGAUGAGCUCUUGCAGAGCGACAGAAUUCGGAUUGUGAGUCUGACAGAACUUCAGAGACUUGCAGUUGGGCCCCACAUUCUCCAGUAUGGAGUCAAAGUUGUGUUUCAGGCAGUGCACUUGCUGUGGAAGUUGAUGUGCAGGGAGCCAGCAGCCUACAUCUUUCUCCAGAACCCUCCGGGCCUGCCCGCCAUUGCCAUCUGCUGGUUCGCGGGCUGCCUCUGUGGGAGCAAGCUCGUCAUCGACUGGCACAACUACGGCUACUCCAUUAUGGGUCUGGUGCAUGGUUCAGGCCAUCCCCUCGUUCUGCUGGCCAAGUGGUAUGAGAAGUUCUGUGGACGCCUGUCCCACCUGAACCUCUGUGUGACCAAUGCGAUGCGGGAAGACCUGGCAGAGAACUGGGGCAUCAAAGCUGUGACCGUCUACGACAAGCCAGCAUCUUUCUUUAAAGAGACGCCUUUGGACCUGCAACACCAGCUCUUUAUGAAGCUAAGCUGCACCUACUCUGCAUUCAGGGCCCGCUCAGACCCCUCGGACCCAGGCACGGAGAGGUCGGCCUUCACGGAAUGGGAUGCCCAGAGCGGAACGGUGACCCGCCUUGCUGGGCGGCCGGCCCUGUUGGUCAGCAGCACGAGCUGGACAGAGGAUGAAGACUUCUCCAUCUUGCUGGCAGCAUUAGAAAAGUUUGAACAGCUGAUCGACGAUGGAGAAAGCCUCCCCUCUCUGGUGUGUGUUAUAACAGGCAAAGGGCCUCUGAAGGACUAUUACGGCCGCCUCAUCUGCCAGAAGCGUUUCCAGCACAUCCAGGUCUGUACCCCGUGGCUAGAGGCCGAGGACUACCCCUUGCUUCUAGGGUCUGCGGACUUGGGCGUCUGCCUGCACCGGUCCUCCAGCAGCCUGGACCUGCCCAUGAAGGUGGUGGACAUGUUCGGGUGCUGCCUGCCCGUGUGCGCCGUGAGCUUCCGGUGCUCUCAGACCUCCUGCCAUCCUCUCUGCAGCUUACACGAGCUUGUGAAACACGGGGAAAACGGCCUGGUGUUUGAGGACGCAGAGGAGCUGGCAGCUCAGCUGCAGGUGCUUUUCUCAAAGUUUCCCGAUCCUGCUGGCAAACUGAACCAGUUCCGCAAGAACCUCAGGGAGUCAGAGCAGCUUCGCUGGGAUGAGAGCUGGAAGCAGACAGUGCUCCCUUUGAUUACGGACACGUGACCCCUCAGGCCAACGACCGAAACCCUUGAGAUGUCUUGUGCUGGACGAUGUGGAGAGACCCUCACGCUGACACCCACCCUGCCUUGCCUUUCAUUCUCCUCCCCAGGAGCCGGCCCACUCCCCUCCUCGCAGCCUUUGCUGCUGGCCUGUCUCUGGGCAAACUCGGUAGAGCAGCGCCUCCUGGUGGACAGCAGCUGAAAAGCUGGCAGUGGGUAUUGCCCGGGGAAUGAAGUUACUAUUAAUCAGGAUGUUGUGGCCUGGGAAACUGGCACAGCCUGUUUCUUUGGAGGCUCUGAAUCCCUUCUCUCUUUCCUCUUUCUGUCUUAUGAGUCUUCUUUCCCCCAGUUUAUGACUUUUCUGUCAUUUGUGGCAACUUCAGCAUGGCUUUGUCCCUGUUCUGUCUCCUGGCGUCUGCUUUUCCCAGCAUCUGCCUGGUUGUGUCCCUAAUGUUUUGAUUCCUGCCUUGAAAACAGGCACCACAGCCCACCGCCCUGCAGGGGCAGUUAGAUGUGCCCCGUGUGCAUUGGGCUUGGCUCCGCGAGGGAUGUGUGUGCAGGUUCAGGGAAAACAUGAUUUGUGUUUUUAUUUCUGCAAAUGAAAUGCUUUUCUCUGAGCCAAAAAUUUCAUUUCUGAUUUAUGGUGAUUUGCUUAAGAACUAAGCCAGCUGGCAGAGAAGAGUACCUACACGCUUGAACA